AUGAACCCGCCUCUCACCACAACACCCCUAUCAGCGACCUUCGCUUUUGCCCAUGCUGCAACCGGAACUCCCGACCAGCGAUAUGUGCUUCAUACACCGCGUAUUCAAGAGCGGAAUAAUAACGUCGAGACGAUAACUAUGGUCACCGGCAUUAGUAGUGUCUUGAUCGCGAUUCUCGCCCUGAUAUUCAUGGGAUACAAGUACUGGCGAAAGAAGCGAGAUCCACUGCCUACCACUGCCACUGACCAUGCGUGUUCAUGUCUGCGCCUACCGACGAUGGAUACCAACGAUCUCUUCUACUUCUAUCUCAUCCUCAUGUAUCUUGCAUCCGCACCGAGACACAACCCUCGUCCCGCGUCCCAGACGCCCCCAAGGCCCGAGUUCGAGAUUGGGCGGAGAUCUAGAGCACGGGCUUAA